GGUGCACAUGCGUGUUGCAAAUCGGUCAUGAGGAGGGUAGUGACACAGUCGCGAACUUAACAGCGAGUAACAAGUUGUGUGAGAUAUUCGAGCUAGGCGAGUAGUUAUGGCAGACCAUAAUUACACCCCAGCCAUUCUGAGGUAAUUUAUCAAGCUUCCAGUCUCAAACACUAGAUAUACCUGUACCGAAGUCGGAGCUAACGUCUGUGCAAGGCGCAGGGGAGAGUGCUCAGGUUCCGCGACUAACUUGGAUGGUUAUGUUCAUUUAAAGCUUUUCUUAUCCACCAUUCUCUACUGGUUAAUAUAAUGUAUAAAGUUACAAGCAUCAGUCAGCUAUUUCUUUCAACAUCAAGGUCAGGUCAGGUUGGGGAGCAUGCGCUGAUGCAGCACGUUGCCACACCUAUACCAUGCUCUCCCAGUCCAUCUGCUGACUUCAUAGGAAGAGUCACCAGAAAUGUGAAUGUCGCUGCCGAGGGUUGGCUACCUCCCCAGUAUGAGUACCAUGUUUGCAAUUUAGAACAAGUGCCUUCAUCUACUGAUCAUAUUGGGUUUGAUGCAACAAUCAGGAUCAAGAACAUCACUACAGUAGAACAAGCUCAGCAGUGGGUGAAGGCAGCUAAGAGGAGCUCGGGGGUGAUGUGGAGGGUUGAUGUCACCAGACCUAGGUUGGGGAAACGUGUUUUACAUAAGGUUUCUUACAAGUGUCAGCAUAAUGUAAAUGUGAAGUCUAAGACGGCAAAUUCCAGAAGAUCCUCAAAAAAUACAAACUGUCAGGCAAAGAUGUCUGUCACUCUCAAGUACUGUAAUAAUGGGAAGAUUAACCAGAGCAAAGAUCCACACAUGCCUGACUUUCCCUUUGAGGUGAAAAUUCAGAACAAGCACAACCACAACCUGUUUGUUGCAGAGGCUCUCAGACACCGAGAUGUGGGAGAGAAAGCCAUAGAAAGUCUUACAAAACUGUUUGAGAUUGGUCACUCUCCCUCAUCUGCACUGUCUGCCCUGAAGAAUGAUCUGCAAAUGGAGUAUGGGGACAGAUUCGCCUAUGCCUCAGCUAACCGGGAGAUUUGCCCAGACCUUUCAUUUGUGCAAAAACUGUACCAAAAAGUUUGCAGGAAGGAGUAUGGUGCACACACGCAAGAAGCAGGUACAACACAUAAUCAACAGCACUUACAGACAGACCUCACUGCUGACCAGGCAUCCACAUAUGCCCAGCCCAUCAUUGAAGAUCAUAAUGAUGAAGCCAGUCAUGAAAUGCCUGCUAACUUGGUUGAGGCCAUGAUCGACAAACUGUGUCAGCUCCGUGAUGACAACCACUUUAGUCCUGGGCUGGUUGCUAUGGCCAAGCAGUUUAAUCACAUAAAAGAUAACCCAGCAAAGCUACUGUCUGCGAUGCACGGCUUUGGGAAAUCCUCCAACCCUGUAGCAUACAGUGCCAAAGCCAUCAGAAGACCAGCAAAACGUCUACAGCCUACAUCUUUGGACAGUUGUUCCGUCAAAGUGGGGUCAAAGAAGCGUCUGAGCCCUGAACACAGUGGUACAGAACAUCCAUUCUGACUGGAUAAAAAGAGAAAGAGGGAAGUUUCCUCAUCACAGAUUGGGGUGUUGUGUGGCAAUGAACUGUUAGCACAGUUAGCUGUUGGGGCUGCAUUUUUUGGGGGGUGGUUUAAUAUUGAAAUCUGGAGAUUCAGUGGGCCUCUCCCCCACAGUAAUUUUAUUGUUGUACUGUACAUAGUUAAUUGUCAAUAGUUUCUUUUAGAAACUUAUGCAAAAGUAACCUGUUGCACCUGUCAAAAGUUAAUUUACAAACCUAUACAAAGUCCAAAAACUUACAUGCAGUUUAUAUGGAAAUUUACAGUAAUGUACCAUUUGCACUUUACCAUUAGCAUCCUGUGCUACGUCCUGUACUUCUGCUCUGCAUCUUCUUUUGUUUUUACUUUGAGAUGUGCCAAGUCUACUUUAAAUCAACUUUUUGUAGGCAUGCAAUAAAGGGAUAGUGAUACUUCAUGCUUAAAAUUA